ACUGCUGACAGCUCGGGCCGCCGAGAGCCGAGCUGCUCUCGCGUCUCUGCUGUACUUCCAUCGGAAGUUUGGUUGUUUUAUCGGAAGUGGUGCUGUUUUUAGCAGCGCCCGGGGGGGCGGUGGGUUCGCCGUCCCUGGAUGUGGCGCUCGGUGCCGUGCUGGUGUUGGGGCGCAGAUGGAGCAACGCUGAAGGGGAUUGAUGAAAGUAAUGCCCUGGUCCUGCCAGCAAAAAAAGCAAAGAAGAAAAAGGUGGCAGGUGUUGUGCAACAGCAGAAAAAACCCCUGAGCAAGAAACAGAAGAAAAACCUGCAGAAAGUUUUGGAGCAGAAGGAAAAGAAAAAGCAGAGAGCUGAGCUGCUGAGCAAGCUGAACGAGGUCCAGGCUUCUGAGGCAGAAAUGAAACUCCUGUACACAACUUCCAAACUGGGGACUGGGGAACGCAUGUUUCAGGCUAAAAGGGUGACACAGGAGCCGAGGACUGAUGUCCCUGAAAAGAUCAGGAGCAUCAGCGGUGCAAACAAGAGAAGGCACAGCUCAGGCUCAGAGUCGGAGCCUGAGGAAGAGCCCAGCAGCUCUGAGGAGGAGGAGGAGGAGGAGCAGAAACAGGGCUCUGAGAAGUCCCCAGCCCGUGCUGUGAGCGCUGCUGGAAGGGCAGAGGGGGCCGUGGGGCAGGCAGGGGCUGAGCAGCCCCCAGCUGCCCCCAGUGCCCCAGCUGCCCAGGCAGCCCCCAGCAGGGCACCCUGCCAGCCUGCAGUGUUUGUCGCUGUGGACAGGAGCCCUGAGAUCCAGGAAGCAAGACUAAAGCUCCCAAUCCUUGCUGAAGAGCAAGUGAUCAUGGAAGCCAUCAAUGAGAAUCCCAUUGUGAUCAUAUGUGGAGAGACUGGAAGCGGCAAAACCACACAAGUGCCUCAGUUCCUCUACGAAGCUGGAUAUGCCAGCUCCGGUGGCGCCAUCGGGAUCACGGAGCCGCGGCGCGUGGCUGCCGUGUCCAUGUCCCAGAGAGUCGCUAAGGAGAUGAACCUGUCACACAGAGUGGUUUCCUAUCAAAUCCGGUACGAGGGGAACGUCACAGACGAGACACGGAUCAAGUUCAUGACGGAUGGUGUGCUGCUCAAAGAGAUCCAGAAGGACUUCCUGCUGUCCAAGUACAAAGUCAUCAUCAUUGACGAGGCCCACGAGAGGAGCAUGUACACGGACAUCCUGAUCGGGCUCCUGUCUCGCAUCGUGCCCCUCCGGCAGAAGAAGGGGCUGCCCCUGAAGCUGAUCAUCAUGUCAGCAACUCUGCGAGUGGAGGAUUUCACUGACAACACCAGGCUGUUCUCUGUCAAACCUCCUGUCAUCCAGGUAGAUGCAAGGCAAUUCCCUGUGACUGUCCAUUUUAACAAGAAGACCCCCCUGGAUGACUACAGUGGGGAGUGCUUCAGGAAGGUCUGCAAAAUCCAUCGGAUGCUGCCUGCAGGUGGGAUUUUGGUGUUUCUAACUGGCCAGGCAGAAGUUCACUCUCUCUGUAGAAGAUUAAGGAAAGCAUUCCCAUACCAGAAAAACAACACUGCAGGAGGAGAGGGUGACAAAGAAGACUCGGUGGAAGAAAUCAGGAAAUUCAAGAAAUCGAGGAAGAGGAGGAAAGUUCUGGCACUCCCCAAAAUUGACCUGAACAAUUACUCUGUGGUGCCAGUGGAUGAAGGAGAUGAAGACAGAGACAUUGACAGUGAUGAUGAUGCUGCAGGCUCUGAUCUUGACCUGGAUUUAGGAGAUGGAGACUCAGAAGAAGAUGAGAAAUCAGAUUCGUCCCUGCCCCUGUAUGUGCUCCCACUCUACUCCUUGCUGGCACCAGAGAAGCAGGAAAAGGUGUUCAGGGCUCCUCCUCCUGGCACCAGGCUCUGUGUGGUGGCCACCAACGUGGCUGAGACGUCCCUGACCAUCCCGGGCAUCAAGUACGUGGUGGACUGUGGGAAGGUGAAGCAGCGUUUCUACGACAGGAUCACGGGGGUCUCGUCCUUCAGGGUCACCUGGAUCUCCCAGGCCUCGGCCAACCAGAGGGCAGGGAGGGCUGGACGUACAGAGCCUGGCCACUGCUACAGGUUAUACUCUUCAGCAGUUUUCAUGGACUUUGAGAAAUUUUCUGCUCCAGAAAUAACAAAGCGACCUGUGGAAGAUUUGAUUCUGCAAAUGAAGGCAUUAAAUAUAGAAAAGGUCAUCAACUUCCCCUUCCCAACACCUCCUCCCACCGAAGCACUGGCAGCAGCUGAGGAGCUGCUGAUAGCCCUGGGUGCCCUGAAGGAGCCCCCUGUGACAGGAAGGCUGAAGCAGCAGCUGGCAGCAAAGCUGAGCUGCCCCAUCAGUGCCCUGGGCAGGGUGAUGGCCACUUUCCCCGUGGCCCCCCGCUAUGCCAAGAUGCUGGCCCUGAGCAGGCAGCACAACUGCCUGCCCUACAGCAUCACCAUCGUGUCUGCCAUGACUGUCAGGGAGCUCUUUGAGGAGUUGGACAGGCCAGCAGUGAGUGAGGAGGAGGCAGCCCAGCUGAAGGGGAAGAGAGCCAGGUUUUUACAGAUGCAGAAGGUCUGGGCUGGGCAGGGGCCGAUGCAGAAGCUGGGGGACCUCAUGGUGAUGUUAGGAGCAGUGGGGGCCUGUGAGUAUGCUGGCUGCACCCCGAGGUUCUGCCAGGAGAGCGGGCUGCGCCACAAAGCCAUGCUGGAGGUCCGGCGCCUGCGGGGGCAGCUGACCACGGCAGUGAACUCUGUCUGCACGGACGCUGGGCUCUACGUUGACCCCAAGAUGAAGCCCCCCACGGAAGCCCAGGUGACCUACUUGAGGCAGAUUGUGCUGGCAGGGCUGGGGGACCACGUUGCCCGAAGGGUUCAGGCAGAGGAGCUGCUGGAUGACAAGUGGAAAAAUGCCUACAAGACUGCACUCCUGGAGGACCCAGUGUUCAUCCACCCGAGCUCAGUGCUCUUCAGAGAGCUCCCAGAGUUUGUGGUGUAUCAGGAAAUUGUUGAGACAACCAAGCUGUACAUGAAAGGUGUGUCUGCAGUGGAGCCAGAGUGGAUCCCUGCCCUGCUGCCACCUUACUGCCACUUUGGGAAGCCUCUGGAGGACCCUCCUCCCUCCUACUGCCCUGGAACAGGCCGAGUCCGCUGCCACAGACCCAGUGUGUUCUACCGUGUGGGCUGGCAGCUCCCUGCUGUGGAAGUCGAUUACCCUGCAGGAAUUGAUCGCUACAAACACUUUGCCAGGUUCCUGCUGGAAGGAAAGGUCAUUAAAAAGCUGAGUUGUUACAGCCAGUGCCUGCUGUCCAGUCCCCUCAUAAUGCUGAAGACAUGGUCCAAACUUCAGCCCAGGACAGAAGCCCUCCUGCAGGCUCUGGUGAAAGAAAAUUGUGAUAAUCGUGAUGCUUUGCUGGCUGCAUGGAAGAAAAAUCCUAAAUACCUGCUCCCGGCCUAUCUCCAGUGGCUGCCCGAGGCCCUGCACCAGGAGCUCGCCCUCAAGUGGCCACCAGUAGCCCGGUGACUGACGGACUCCUUUCCUCCAGGGUGUUUUGAGAGCUUCCCAAGGAUUCCCAAGGAAAUCUCAACCAGGUGUUGUUCUGUUUGCCCACGAGUCCUGCCAGCUGUUUGGCUGGUAUUUCAUAAUAUUAAUGGUUGGAUAAUUUUAUCCAUUGUAUUCUGUGGAAAUUUUUUUU